AUGCCGGUAAGGGAUGGUCGGAACUUUGACCUCCGCAAGGAGGUGGUGCUUGCACAGGCCGCCAAGACGCUGUGCGAAGACCCCGGGGAGCCUUCGCCUCUUUCUGCCCUGGCGGGACUGGAAGAGGACUCUGAGAUCCCGCCGGAAGAGGGUUUCUUUGCCUUGGCUUUCGCGGCCACCAAGGCUGCGAGACAGGCUCCAGUCUUCGGCGUAGAGGAGCUCUCCUUUUCUCUGCCUCGGGGUUUUACUCCCGAGAGCGAGAAAAAGACCUCUCUUGCCCCCGCGGAGGCCGCUGAUGCGGUCUCCACCGCUCGCAAGAACCAGGGAGAUGUCAAUGACAUCGACCAUGCGAUCAACAACCAGGGCCAGCCCGGUCACAAUCUUCGCUUCGAAGACUUGCUGUUUGCUGGUAUGGGUGUUGGGGGCGCAGACUUCGCGGUUCCUGCAUGGCUGAGCAAUGGUAGCGACGCUCAAGUGAGUGGCGUCGCAGGCACCGAGCUCGUGCCUACAUGCUUGAAUUGGCCUGUGGGAGGGCCGAUGAUCGCAGCCGGUCUCCUUCUGGAUGAGCAACUGGUGCCAGUCACUCCUGAGCUGGUGCCCCAGCCGAUGGCGGGUCAGAUACCGUCCAAGAAGAGGGAGUCCCCCAUGGGCAAGUUUUGGCUGGAUUUUGGCUCAGAUGAUGAGCUCGAGCCAGUUGGCCCAAGCACGAUGAACACCCAGUGGAGCGAGCUGACCGACGCGAUGAAGUAUGCAAUCGCAUAUGAUCUCUCGCUUGAGUAUGGCCUAGGCAAUGCAAUUAAAAUUCUCGAGUUGACGCGCGACGAGGGUGUUCAGCUCCUCGAGCUCAUCGUUGCUGAGAGAAGGAAGAUGAUUAGGGCCGCCGAACUCCUCAGGGACGACAAGAUUUUCCUGCCUCACCUGGCGAAGAUGCCAGAGAUUUGGCCAGUCUUCGAGCGCAUCACUAAGCGCGAAGUUCGUGCGGGCAAAGCGUUCCUCAUCUCUAAGGACCUUCGUGCCUUUGCUGAUCGGCUGGAUGAUUGGUACGGAAUCUGCAAGCGCUGGGUCGACAUUCAGUACACCGCGGAAGAGGAAAACGCGAUCCGUGGCCUCGAUGGACUUAGAAACAAUGCUCGGUCGCAACAAAGCAGCAUCGGCACCAGCAACCAGGACCGACUUUCUCAACCGACUUUCAACGCCGCCAUCUCUCAGCUGUCGAUACACCAGCAAGUGAAUGCCGAGGCCUUUGAUCGAGUCGACAUUCCUCCUAGCGCCAUUUACCCGCCGCCCCUAAACCAUCCGGCCAAUGCUCAGCCUGGCAGGAUUUUAGACGAGAAGACGACGUGGCAGCCGCUCGGUACCCAGGGUCACAGGCCCCUUCAUCCCAACAAUUAUGGCUACGCUGCUCCCAGCGGUAGCCGUCAAUCCGUCUUCGACAAAACCCCGCGGCCGGUGAAGGUCGGACUUGAAAGGCAGGACCUUCAGGCGCCCCAACACCUAGACAACUUCGGGUACCUCGUGAUGGGCAUCUCUAUUAGUGGUUAUCAAACGGAGAUUCCUGAUAACGGCAAGCACAACCAAAACAUCAACUACCCGGCUGUCAACCUGAACGAGCCCACCCAUGAGCAGGCUACUCUUGCCUCUCUGGCCAGCGACCCCGUUUUCCAGGCGCAGUCUCCGCCGCCUCAAGGUCUCAAUGCCGAUCUUCAGAACGAGGUCAGCGAUAUUCUAGCCAGACACAAGGAAGCCGACUUUGAAGAAGUUGAAGAAGAUGAUGACGAGUACAGCCUCAUGGACGAGAAGCCCCAGCCGAGAAGGUCCGGACGUCCUCCCAAGCCCAGGCGAAACAAGGACGACGGAGACGAGGACUGGAUCCCGAAGAAAAGGGUCAAAAAGAACGUGCAUAGCUCUGCCGGUCCAGCUACUAGGGCCUCUGCAGGUGCGGCUGCCACUUUCAAUAACCAGACCAACACCUCCGCCACUGGCCGACGUCGCGGCAGACCUCCCAAGAAGAACUUGACGGCGUCCCUGACCGGUCUCAGCUUAGCUUCCGCACCUCCACCUAGCACUGCCCAAGCUAAACAGUCCGGCGACGCUUCUAUCCAGAAAAACCCUCGCAAGCGUGUUGCUCCCGCUGACGAAGAAGAUGACGAUGACGCUGAUUUUGAUAGAACGAAGUCUCGUCGCAAGUACACUCAAAGGCCCCAGGUUGAUGAAAACCGAAAUCCCAUCGCGUACCCACGCAAGCCUUAUAUGUCGGACCCGAACCAGCUGAUGCAGUCGUCUGAAGGGGAGUUCAUUACCCGUGGCGACUUCGAGAAGCGCUUCAGGCCGUCGGAGCGGAAGUAUCGUCCAGGUGGUGCCAAGGGUGGUGGCGCAUAUGUGAUCCUCAAAACCGGCGUCGUAUGGGAGUUCGUCAAGGGCAAUCAGGACCAUUCUAGAAGGGUUGAGCGUAUGCGCCAGAAGACAGUCGAGGCCCAGAAUCAGACGCAACAACAGAACAACAACUUCUUUCGUUCAUAUGGCACUCCUGCCCCUGGUGACCGGGCGCAGAGUAUCGCAGCUUCUUCGACGAAUACCCCAAUUGCUCCUCAGCGUGCAAGCAUCCUCGUAGCUCCGACUGUCGGUGGCUUGAACAAUAUGACCCGCUUGCAAGGCAGUGUACCUGCUCUCGGUGAGAGUGCUCCCAUCAUCAGCUCGAUCCAGCCUAUCAUGGGCAACAACUGUGCCAAAAUUGAUGACCGCGAUAUCACCCCUUAUCCGCGCACUUUGGCCACUCCAGCGACCACUCCUGGUACCUCCAGCCAGAAUAGCCAGUCCACUGAUGCUAACGAGCUCCAUGACCGAGCAGACAUGGAUCUGGACCGUGACAUGAUUGACAACUGA